CCCCGCGGGGCCGGGCCAGCGCGGCUCUUCCGGCAACAAACCCCGCGCCAGCCCCGGAUAAAUACAAGCCGCGGCCGCUCCGCGCGCACAGCACACCCACGCCCGCCCGACGGGACUUGCCGCCGCUGCCGCCCGCCCGCAGCCAUGCCCUUCCUGGGGCAGGACUGGCGCUCGCCGGGGCAGAGCUGGGUGAAGACGGCGGACGGCUGGACGCGGUUCCUGGAUGAGAAAAGCAGCAGCUACGUGAGCGACCUCAGCAGUUACUGCAAAAAGGAGGACCGCAAUAAGGAGAAUCUUUUCACCGGCAUGAACUAUGAUGUUGCUGCCAAGAAGAGAAAGAAGGACCUGCUGAAUAACAAAACCAAGAUUCAGUACUUCCAUCAAGAAAAAUGGAUAUAUGUUCACAAGGGAAGCACAAAAGAACGUCACGGCUACUGUACCUUGGGAGAAGCUUUCAAUAGACUUGACUUCUCCAGCGCUAUUCUGGAUUCCAGAAGGUUCAACUAUGUUGUUAGGCUGUUAGAGCUGAUAGCAAAGUCUCAGCUAACAUCACUGAGUGGAAUUGCCCAGAAAAACUUUAUGAACAUCUUGGAAAAAGUGGUGCAGAAAGUUCUUGAAGAUCAGCAGAACAUCAGGCUAAUAAAAGAAUUGCUUCAGACUCUCUACCAGUCACUAUGUACCCUGGUUCAAAGGGUAGGCAAGUCGGUUCUGGUUGGAAACAUCAACAUGUGGGUGCACAGAAUGGAGGCUAUCCUUCACUGGCAGCAGCAGCUGAACAACAUCCAAAUCACCAGGCCUGCCUUUAAAGGAACAACCUUUACCGACCUGCCACUGUGUUUACAAUUAAAUAUCAUGCAGCGGCUAACUGAUGGGAGAGACCUAGUCAGCCUUGGUCAAGUUGCCCCUGAGCUGCAGGUGCUCAGUGAAGACCGACUGCUAUGGAAGAAACUCUGCCAGUACCAUUUCACAGACCGACAGAUUCGCAAACGGCUUAUUUUAUCAGAUAAGGGGCAGUUGGAUUGGAAGAAGAUGUACUUCAAACUUAUAAGGUGUUACCCAAAGAAAGAGCAAUAUGGAGACACACUGCAGCUCUGCAGACACUGUCACAUUCUCUCCUGGAAGGGUACAGAUCAUCCUUGCACAGCCAAUAACCCAGAGAGCUGCUCCAUUUCGCUUUCACCACAAGACUUUAUCAACUUGUUCAGGUUCUGAACGCGGGGUCUUCACAGCAUACUAGAUUCUUUUAGAGGACACUUUAUGCUGCUGAGCUUGGACACUCAACUUGUAAAUAGUGUAAAUGUCUGUGAUGGUUUGAAGCUCCUGAGGCAAAUGAGAAGAGGAAUUUGAAGACAAGAGGUGAAAUUGCUCGCUGACACUCUAUUUAAGUAGUAACAGACUCCAAACAAGACUGGUGUGGAAAGCAGCAUGUUGUAAAAAGUUCCAUUUCUUGAUCAGAGUACAAGAUACAGGACAGAAACUUGAGUCUCGGUUUUAGAAGUUAAAACUGAAUUUUCCCCUCCGCUCCACUCCUGGCCAUUUGAACAUUUUGUUAUUUUUUUCAGGUUCUAAUAAUUGAAAAGGAAGCAAUAUGAGUUGAGGACUAUUGAACUGUUCCUCCACCUGGUUGUUAUUUACAACAGAUAUUUAUAAAUAUUACUUUAAAAAUAUUUAUGGGGAAAAACAUCCCUCUGACAAGUUUUAAUAAUAUUUGUGUGAGUUUAAAAAAAAUUGGAUACAUUCUGAAAUAUAUAUCAUGUAUAGGACUUUAUCCUACUUAAAAACAAAAAUCACACACCACACCAUUUUCUACCUCUGAGGAAGAAUAUCUUUCAGCAAAAAUCCAGUGUGCAAUGUGAACUUUUGUAUUUUGUAUUUUGAUUUAAAGGGAACUGAUGUUUUGUGAGUAAGCAUUUUUCCUUCACAUUUUAAUGCUUACUUUUUACAUUGGUUUUCUUGCUCUACUCAGUGCUUGAUUGCCUAGACAAUAGGCACCUUAGAAAUACCUAAGAUUUUUACUCCAUCCUCUUUUGAAUUUGUUUUAAGAUUAAGCAAAAAAACACACCAGGGUGUGGUUAUAUUUAACAAGGGAAUGUGAUGGAUUUGAAGGGACCAGAUCUAAUCUCUUACAGUGUAAAUAAUUAACAAUAACUUCUGAUUUCUAUGGAAUUAUGCUGAGUUUACACUGAUCUGAGAGAUUAGGAUGUGGUUUGUUGGGCCUUGGUUUGGUUUUUUGUUUUUGUUUUGUUACUAUCAAUAUACACUACAUUACAUAUAAUGUACCACAUGCUCCCAUUUAAAGUCAAGUGGAAUUUCAUCCUCAAGGGAAUCCUAAUGCCCCGAAACUGGUGCAACUUGGAGAAGAAUCGGACCCAUUAGCAAAACUCCAUGGAAGCCAAUGGAAUUGUACCAGACUACAUUCCCUGAGGAUCUGGCCCAUGAUGGUUAUCUUGAAUGCGGUUAGUUUGUAUUUGAUGUAACAGCAGAAGUAUUGUGGAAAUCCAGCUGUGAAUUCCUACUAUAACAAGGAUGCAACCAGUCCUGAGGGUGAGUAGGGGAUUUCUGACUUCCUAACUGGCAUCCCAUAGAAAUGGAAAAGACUUUAUCUUGCCUAUUCCCCUGCCAGUGCCAGAGUGCUUCACAUUGUAUCUAGGCCUCAAACCAAACCUUGGUCCUGUUUUGAGUUCAGCUGAUUUCAGCAUGACCUAGGUUUGGUUCUCAGUAUUCUACAAUACUCAUAAACUUGUGGAUUUUGACCUCAUGUGAAUCUGGCAGAUUCCAGUUCAUGUACAAAAGGUUUUGGAGGAAAAAAACCACAUAGAAAAAUCUUUGCAGUUCCAUAGCAGAGUUCACAUACGGCACUUUCUCUUCUGUAAGCAAGGCACAACAGAAUGGCAAAUGUUAUAAGUUGAAUGGUAUGUACAAAGGAAGUGUGAGAGAGGAGUACUCAGGACAAUUCAGGAAGAACUACUUGAGUUAGUUAAAUAUUCUGUUCCUUUUUUACUUUUUUUUUUUUUUUUUUUUUAAAUAAAUGAUCUAUAACACUUUCUGCAGCAGCUGUUUAAUAUAUAUUUGCAUUUUUGCAAACUGAAUCAAUUUUUGCUCACUCUUGGAGUAGAUGUGGAAAAGAAAAAAGAGGUCCAGUGAUUUGGAUCGAGUAUAAGGAAUAGGGACUAAAGCCCUGAUAAAGGGAGAUGCUGGUUUUGAGGAGAAUGGAUAUUUUGCUUCAUUCCAAAGGCAAAAAGUUUUGUUCUUACAGAAACUUCUGAGAGCCAGGGCGUGAAUCCUCCCUGGCAGAGAGCUCAGCAUUAUCCAGAGAAGGGUUAAAAAGUGUCCAAGAUGGGGAAUUCGUUCCAGUCAUUUUCUCCUCCCAUCCAUGCCCUCCAUCAAACACUGGUGAAAGGAGUAAUUAUGACUUUACCACUUUCAAUUGACAUAAAUAUUAACAAGCUGGUUAUCCUGGAGAAAUGAAUCUCUGAUUGUGGGUGUUAGCGUCACAAGUAAGGAAGGUAGCGGAGGCCACCUUCUCUCAUUCAUGCCUGUUCAGCUAUCUGUGACACCAUUGAGGUUGUCCAGAUAUAAGUGAGGCCAGGAUUUGGCUUGGUGGAAGUGUUAGGGGCAAGAACUUGAAAGUAAAUGAAGUGCUGCCAUUGUGUUUGCAGGUCCUUUUAUUCCUUUCUCUAGCAGCUAAAAGUACUUCAGUAACCUUCUGUUUUUGAAGGCCUAUUUCUUCCCCACUCCUCCAAUCCCACUACAGUACUUUGCCUACUCCCAGUAAACCAGACUGUGACAGGGAAGUAAAUGUGACUUCCCAAGCAAUGAGUGUUUCAGGCUAAAAACAAAUCUUUCCAUUCAAGUCUUUAUUUGAGUCUCUCUCUCUCCUUUGUUAAAUUCACUCAGUGUCAGAGUUAACCUCAGGGUUUGAAUUCUGGUCCUGCAUUUCCUGUUCCACUAGCAUUAGAGGGCUACAGUGUGGGUUUAGAGCCGUGACUUGGCAUCUUCUGAGCUCUAGUCGUGGCUCUGCUACUGUUUCCCUUCAGGCAGAUUGCCUACUCUCUGCCUCUCCUCCCGAUCCGUUAAGGGAAGAUAACCCUGGCCCCACACCUCACAGUGCCCUACUGCUUAGUACAUGCUCAUUAACCAUUCUAAGUACAGUCCUGAUCUCAAAGCAUUACACGGGCAUUAUCCUAGGGCCCUUUCUUAACUGUUACACUAGUUAAGAGUGACAUUUGUUUCAAGACUGCCUAUAUAGCUACCCAAUGUAAAGCCUCCAAGACAGAGGCUUAGAGCAUGAAAGCAAACAAUACAAAAUAUUAAGGAAUGUAACCUAUUAAAUGGCUCUGCUAGAGAAAGAAAUAGAAAUGGAAUCUGUCUCGGACAGCAGUUCUGGUUCCAACAAAGCCUCCGUCUUUUAACUGAGAUGCGCAAGUGAAUGAUGCUGAAUUAGAUAAUUAAAUAUAACAAUGCAGCACCCUUACAUCCGAAUCUUUAGCUGUAGAGGUUCUUAUGGCUGUCACAGUAGUUCUUAAAUAUGACGUUGAUUUUUUUGCAAGUGAUGAGGUUGCAACAAAACAAGCUUUUUAAAAAAAAAAAAAAAUCAAGUAUCUUGGCUCUUCUGACCAUUUACAAAGGCACCAAUCUACUCAAGCAGCUUAUCUACACUGCUAAUACAUCUGCUUGGCUUGGGGAGGCAGGAUAGUGAAAACUGAACCCUGGGUAGGCAGAUUGAUAUACGGCUGCCUUUGCACAGAGACCUCCUUAUUUUCAAGAUGAUUCUGGCAAAGUUAGCGGAAAAAGAAAACAGGCUUUUAUCUGUGUUUUGGAAAAUACAAUAGUAGUAGUAGUAAUGUUCUCUGCAAAAAAAAAAAAAAAAAAAAAAAAAAAAUUUGGUACAUUUUGUGGAAGGUUCCUGUUAGGAAUGCCUCCAUUUCAACACUACAAAAAACAGCACAGGUUUAUUAGCCAGCAUAAAUCCAGAGAAAUUCCACUGAAGACAAUAGAAUGACUGUAUUUACCAGUGCAGCUGAGCAGAAUGUGGCUCUGUACAGCAAUUUAAAAUAGUCUUGCACAGUGGAGGGGGCUUAGGAAGGAAGAGUAGACCUUGCUUUUCAGCUUCCUACAAGAGGCACAUAUUUGAGUGAGUUUUAAUGACAGCCACUUCAAGAGGCAGGAUUUCAGUUGUACAUAACUUGAGCAGCUUAUGCAAAGUAUAGUAUCUUUUUAAUGUUGAUUAUAAACUGUGUGUACCUCCUCUUAUAUUGGGUUUUUUAACUUCUUACCUUUCUUUUUUUUUAAGAUACUUCUGUUUUGUAAAGUCCUGUAGGAAAGCUUGUAUUGCUCUGUAGAUGUGCUUCAUAUGUUUAAUUGCACCAUACCACUUUCUGUACAUAGGAAGGUCUUUUAGUCCUCAAUUUUUUUUUCAGCUCCUAUAGUGACUAAAUUUUGUGUUCCCAUUGCUGUUUGGCUUUAAUUACUCUUACAAAGCUAACUGCUUUUAGAACAUACGCAUGUAGUAAACCAGCUCUUUCUGCCUAGCAAAUAUUUUUGGCCACUACUAGUUACCACUGAAAUAGACCAGGAACAUUUCAAAAGCAGUAAAUUACUUAAUAAAUUUUACAUGAUUCAUGCAUCAGAUUUUCUGUUCAGGAUGAUAAACAAUCAGUGUUCUUUAGGGGAUUCUUAGUAGCCUGGUAUACAGCUUCUUUUCACAGAUCAGCACCUUGCCAAGAAAAACACAAACCUUGUAGAUUAAAGUGCUACUCUUGCUAGCGGCUUAUUGGCAAAAACACUGCUGUGGAUGUGAUGGCUAAUCAAUCUAAAUGCCCCUGUUACAAGAUUCGGUACUCUGAAGUUCAGCUUGUUCUGUCAGAGUAAUGCGUCUUGACAUGCUAGCUGCUUGUAAAUCUUUAAUACUUGUUAUGAUUCUUUCAAAACUCCUGGGCAUGUGACAAAUAUUUGACUGGCAUCCAUGCUACUGCCAGUGUUUAGUGAACUGGCUCCCUUACUGCAUCUGCGGAUAAGAAUUUUUCAUAAUGGAGCCCAAUCUUAAUAUACUCUGUCCCUUCACUACCAGUAGUCAGCAUUGCCCUGGAUCACCCAAGGCUUUGCAGAAUCUGGCCCUGAAAAGAGAGCAUACUAGUCCUGUCCUUGACACAUGCAAUCUCCAAAGGAGUCUCACAAUGCCGACUUAAAUCAUUCCCUGUCCCCAACCUGCUCUGGCCUUCUGCGGGCCAAACUGCACUUUCAUUUAGGUGAUCCCAUUGCUGUGAAUGAAGGUAAAGAUUAUCUCUGUCUUUAGCCAUUGCUUGCUGUCCACAGUGCCAACAGGUCAGUUCUGGAGUUAACACUUUAAUUUGAAAAAAGCAAGUGAACUAAUUUUUAGGAGCUAGUCAACAGUAAUAAUAAAUACCUGAUUUAUAUAUGAAAAGAGCUUGUUUUUCUUAAGAACUGUAACUAGCAAAGGUAUGAACUGAACAGCAUACCUUGCGUAUUAAGACUUCUAUUUAAUAUUGUGUGACUUUUAAAUCUUUCCAUAUAAAUUAUUUGCACACACUCUCCUUGCAUGUUCAACUCUGAUUUUUUUUUUUUUUUUUACAGCUGUUUCAUGCAAACAGUGAUGUAUUUUUGUAAAAUGUUUUUGACACUGAAUUACAAUAAAUGUUCAAACAAUGUGAA